AUAGUACGCCAUGUAGGUACAUACAUAUGUACUGUCCUGAAAAUAACGUUAUCAAAGUUAACGAUCGAACGAGGAUGCAUGCGCGUUACCCAAAAAGCUACCAGACAGCUGGUAAAAAUUGCGCUUCGUGACCCGUGUCAUCUUACCUUCCUUCCACCAUCCCGUUCGUUAUCCCUACCCGGAUAGCUUGCAAUUUAAUAUUGUCAUUACCACAUUCGGUCUCUCUUUCAUUCUGUUGUAAUUUUUAUUUACGCUCUCUCCAUCCCCUCACUUUCCAAUAUCACUUUAAUAAUCCCUCCUUUAUCUUUUUAUUCGUUGUAUAUUGUGUGAGGUACUAAAUAAUGCAUUUUGAUCUGAUCUGAUCUUCUCGCCUUUCGUCAUAUUAAUUUUUUUGUUGACUUUAGAGAAGAGUUCGAUCGAGUACAUAGAUUGCGUAUCACUUAGCACCCCCGGACGUUAACAAAAUACUCGACGCGUCAACAGAGACUCGCCGGUUCCACACAAAUCCGAUUUAUAUUCUGAAUGCGAUAGCGACAGCGCAUGCGAUCCCUCAGCCGUGACCGUGCGACGCAACCGCGAUACGACCGCAUCUAGCAACGAUCAACUACACAUCCUUUGCAUUGGGCCAAAUAGCAAACACGGCAUUGUAGAUGCGUCCGUAAGGUUGGUCUGAGUCGGGAACUAUGUGGCGGCGUACCUAUCUGCUUCUUGUCCUGGUACGACUUUGGUUUGCUCUUUCGCCGAGCUAUCUUCACCCGGACGAGAAUUUUCAAGGUCCCGAGGUCAUAGCUGGCCAGAUCUUCAGUUACCCUGUCCGGCUAACCUGGGAAUUUACGAGCGAAUACCCUAUACGCAGCGUCUUUCCGCUAUGGCCGGUUUACGGGUUGCCUAUGCUCCUACUACGAUGGUUGUGGAUCGGCAAUGGCAACGACGGCGAUAUACCACCGAUCGCCGUAUUCUGGACGUUGCGCUUCCUGAUGUUUAUCAUCAGCUUCGUCUUGGAGGACUGGGCUAUUCAUGAGCUGGUUCAGUCUCAGUCGUGGCGGCACCGUCAAGUCGCUAAGUUGCUAGUCGCAUCUUCGUAUGUGACUUGGACUUUUCAGACUCAUACUUUCUCUAACUCGAUCGAGACCCUUGCGGUUGCGUGGUGCUUGGUUCUCGUCGAGCGCAUUCUCGAAGCCUCGGCUUCCUCUUCUCUGGCGGCGUCAACGGUCCUCGGAAUCGUGGCUGUCUUCGGCGUUUUUAACAGGAUAACUUUCCCUGCAUUCUUACUCAUUCCUGGGCUUCGGUUGAUACCCCAUUUUAUAAAGAAACCUCUGUCUUUGCUCGUCAUGGCAACUUCUGGGCUCUUGACGGCUCUAAUCGCCAUCUCGCUUGAUACGUCGUUCUAUACCCCCCAUUCCAUUUAUUGGUCGGAUCUGUACCGCCAUCCAGUGAUUACUCCGUUCAACAAUCUGCGAUACAAUAUCUCGCCUUCCAAUCUGGCGGAGCACGGGUUGCAUCCUUGGUACCAACAUAUCUUAGUCAACCUCCCACUACUCAUAGGGCCAGCCGUGAUGCUUCUGUUUAUAAGGCCACAUUUGUCUUUGAGACUUGCAUCGGCAGUAUCUGGCGUCUCUGUCCUUUCAAUAUUUCAACAUCAAGAAGCCCGGUUCCUGCUCCCUGCUAUACCACUUCUCCUCUCAUCCCUGCAGCUUCCAAAGAAUCCAACGUUUUUCAAAGUUUGGGUUAGUAUUUGGGUGGGCUUCAAUGUGAUCCUCGGCCUACUUAUGGGGAUAUACCACCAAGGCGGCAUCGUGCCAGCUCAAGUGUUUUUGAGCAAACAACCGGACGCGACACAGGCUAUAUGGUGGAAGACAUAUAUGCCGCCGAUUUGGCUUCUGAAUGGGAAGAACGCGGUUCUACAGACAAGGGACGUGGCCGGAAUAGAAGGGAGUAAACUACUAGAAGAACUGGGGCGGAUAGCUACCUGUGAUACACCGGCCGACAGGAGGAGCCUUGAAUACCUCAAGGAACCGAAUGGCACAUACCUCAUCGCACCACUUUCGUCGAUAUGGCUGGAUCCGUAUUUAGAUAAUAAGGGUUUAGAGGGGCUUAGGUUUCGGGAGGUUUGGAGGCACACCAAACACCUGAACCUAGAUGAUUUGGAUUGGGCGGAGGAUGGGUUCUGGCCUACUUUGAAGAGGGUGGUUGGUAGGCGAGGACUAGCUGCUUGGAGAGUAACCAAGAGCUGUGGCCGUCCUGCGAGGUACGACAAGCUUCGAAUAUAAUAACAUUCAUGCGAAUAUGCCAUCUGUCGCGGGUCCCUAGCUAUCCAUCGGGAAUUUGUCGUUCAACGAGACUACGAGGUUUCGUUUCGUAUAUGAACACGUGAAGGCGUGAUCACCCACCUGCCUACGCAUCUUUAUUAUUCCAUUACUACCGGAUUCCUGGUGUCUCGGUCAAAUUUAUGUCCUUGCUAUAUGCAAUGUUAGGUACCUAAGUAGACAUACGGUAUACGUCCGGUACGUAUCAAAUGUACUAUGUAGGUUAAGGGGAAAAUGGAUAUCCCGGUGCGACCGUUAGACUAACGUAAGCCAAUCAAGGUUUAGUUUACUAUACUAACCGUAGGAUAUACGUACCUGGGUAGUAAUUUCUAAAGCUUUAAUUGGUUGUUAAU